AUGUCAGUAGUCUCUAAAGCUGUCUUCGAGUCUGAGGUCGAGAAUGCGGAAUUUUUUUCGUUCCUGGAGGAUAGUUUUGAAACAUUGACGAGCAAACGAGCUCCUCUUGAAUCGAAAUGUGAAGCAGCCAUUCAAUGCUGGAGAUUAUCUGAACAUGAAAACAAGAGCGUUGAGAAUCGGAGGCAGGCGUUGGUAUGCGAAUAUGGAAAGUUUCCGCAUGUUUCUGGAGUUCUCGUUGAUCUGAUCUCAGCAUCAGACACACCUGAAGUUCUUGUUUGGCGAUGUCUCAGAACUCUUGUGCAGUUGAGUUAUGAUAAUUCACGUGUUGCUGAAACCAUCAUUGGGAACUGGAAGUCAGAAGCUCGCAGUAUGGCAAAAGAUGAAGAAACCGUCAUCAACCAGUUGAAAGAAGAAGCUAUCUCAGCUGACGCGACCAAAAGCAACGAGCUCAAAGCAAGAGUGCAGGUGAUGAAGGAAAACUUGACCAUUCUCAACUCGAGGAAAUCUCUGCCAAGCAUUCUUGCUGGGUUGCUGAGCGAGAAAAGAAUAUCAUGGAGAGUUCGUGAAUGCAUUUUCCAUGUCCUCAACAACACAGCAAACAGCUCAUGGGAUGUUCAUGACAUCAUCUUAAAGGACAACAUCCUUGAUAAAGCAAAACACUUGAUAUCACACGAAGAUACUCCACAUUUUGUCGUCAGUGCAGCCGUGGGUUUUGUUUGCAGCUUGAGCUACAGGCCAGCCAGCAGGCCUCUUUUGUUUCAGGAUGGAGUUGUCGAGACUCUCAGUCCGAUCGUCCUCAAAGACAAGAUCGAGCUCAACAGCAUGAGUGCAGUCCUUGCAGUUGCAAACAUAGCCGGGGGCUUGCCGAUUCAAGAAUUUCCGAUAGUUGUGAAAUGCAUUUCAGCCCUGAAAGCGGUUCUCAACCGUAAGCACGCGCAACUACUGGAACUUGGUUGCCCAUCGUUGUUUGUCAAGGUCCUCAAGCAGAAAGUUGUGUAUUCAAAAACAGCAGCAGCAACGUCGCUCGCUGUGCAGCAGAAGCAGCUUUGUGGGCUCUUGGGUUUCCUCCACAAUAUGUUGGACGUAAUGAUCUCGGUUCAAAGUCCGCACGACAAGAUCGCUAGCUUCCUGAGAGUGGAGCUAGAGAGCAGAGGCUUGCGGGUCAUCACCACGUUUCAAGAUGGGGCCUGCAACCUUGCGCGAGGAGUUUGCCGAGCAAAGGCUGUCUUGUGCCUCAUCUCUGCGCAAGUUGAAGCAUCUCCUCAUCUACGAGCGGAGGUUCUAGUCGCCCUUGAGCUGGGCAAGAAGCUCGUUUGGAUCUACAUGGACGAGACGAGAGACUAUGAGAGCUCGUCGGUCUUCACCGCCUGGUUGCCCGUCGUGCCAGCAGUCGCCAAGCUGCCUUCGGAGGACGACCCAGACUUUGUUACCAUGGAGCAGCUGGUAUAUGACACUUCGUCGGACUCCAUCCAACCGCGCGAGGUAACAAGCCUCGCACAAACAUGUCAUGGGGACUGA